AUGGCAGAUUACGUUGAAUUAGAUUUCCAUAAGAAAAAUGCCAGCAAGAACGUAGUUGGAGAGAGUCAUUACGCAGAAGUCGUUGUAUUAAGCCAGCCAAAACAAGAAGAACGCAUAUACAAGGUGAUCAAGGAUUGUCUCUGCAGUGAUAAGGACAAGACUGUCGCAAGAGUUGGAGAUAUAUUUGUGCAACAACAACAUGAAAAAAAAUUCAAUGAACACGAGUUAUACGCCAUGCCCAAAAAAGCACCUUCAUCAUCAAUAACUUCUAAAAACAGCAACAAUAUCAACAACAACAAAAGCAACAACAACAACAUAAAGAAUGACAACAACGACGAGGAUGAUUACAUUAACAACAACGAUUUUAUUAAGUCAAAAAAUUUCAAAAGUAACAUCAACAAAAAUGAUAACAACAACAAUAACAACAACAUUGAUAACAACAACAAUAACAACAACAUUGAUAACAACAACAACAACAUCAACAAAAAUAACAACAACAAAACUCAUCAAAACGUUGAAAUGACGUCAUCAUCCGCCAUGACAGAUUCAGCUGAUGACAGAUUAACAACUGUUCCGGAGUAUUGCGACAAAUUCAAGAAUUCCCACCCCUCGCUUCGUUUCAACAUUCCGACAAAGCCGGCCAACUGUGACGAGAAGAUGAAGCCAGUUAAGAAGGAGAAGCUAGCGAAAUUAUCUGUAUCGGAUUUGAACCAGAGCGACUUGGACAGCCACAUCAUCGCAUACUCUCUGGCCGGUAGGAAGGCUUCUACCAGCGAGAAAGAUGUCUUAACGUUUAAGAAGUUACAGUUCGGAAUAUUAUACUACGUGAGUAACAAUGGCUGGCUGUUGUUACGAUUGCUAGAUGGGGCUAAGACGAGCAAGAAAGACUCCAACCUGGAUGCAAACGGUUUGAACACGGCUGACUCGCUGAACGUCUGGAUUUCAAGUGAAUCCAAAUUUGGUGACAUCAAAGAGAAACUGGCGAAAGAUGGCUUAGAUAGAACUUUUCUCAUCUGUCAGACUGGGGUCAGAUUGCUACAAGCUUUACUACAAGCGCAGGGACCGCAUCACGGCGAACGUCAUAACAAACGACAGAAAAGCAACAUCGGCAAUGACGUCACCGUCGUUUAUUUUGAACGGCCGAUCGUUUUCGGCUUUCCAUAA